AGCUAAUAUCUGAGAUUCAAAAUGGCGUCAGACGCUGAUGAAAGCUCUGUUAUCUUACAGUGGUAUGGAUACAUAUAAAAUCCUUUGUGUUAAAGAAGAGGCUUAUUUUUUAGGCCUAACGUGUUAUGAUCAUGUAAACAAAACUUAAACCUCUCUCAGUGACUGUGUAGUCUUGUCCAUGCGAAAUUUAAUUAUAAGUCAAUACUUGAACAACAUUCAAUCAUUGUUGAAUUUUUCAUGAUUAUGAUUAUGAUUGUCAUUGAUUUGAACAUGGCACUUUUUAAUUUCAAAGAUUAUUAGACCCUCUCUAUAUUAAGUUAAGUAAUUAAAUUAAAGAGUGAAAGUGACUAACACAUUUAAACUUCUCAGUUUAAGUAUCACAAGUUAUUAUUGUCACUUGCUUUGCGACAAGUUCAAUUUGCAUUUUUAAUGACUGAGAUUGAUGUUUCACUAUUUUUAGACUAUUACAAAAAUAAUAUGUCCUAGUACCUAGGCCUAUACUAUGACUAUGCACUGUGGCAAUAAUAUGGCAUGAUGUGAUUGGUGAUCAGUGAUAGUUUCAAAUCUCCCAGGUCCCCAUAUUCAAAAGUUUUCAAAUUUUAGCUCUGUGUUUAAUUUUAAUUAUUUGAUGUAACUUUUUUUCUCUCGUUUUCGAAUUUUGUCUUGAAAUUGGUGGGAGGGUAACUGAAGUAAUCUAAAUCAUGUGCACAUCUUGUGAUAACUUUGCUAGUAAAAUACUAAUAAUAGUGAAUGUGCAGUUUAUUUGAGUUAUCUUGAUUUUGUGUUUAUUAAUUUUCUAUUUACGAAGUGUCACACGUCCGGCGCGCCGGACGUGUAGUGCGCAAGAUAUACGUCCGGCGGCUUGUCACGUGACCGCCGGACAUGGCCGGACGGCUAGUAGUUUUUAUAAUUCCAAACGAAGUACGGUUUAUUACAUCUUGUCUGGUCUUGUGCUAGAGUGGUUGCUUGACGAUAGGAAGGUUUGAGGAUCUAUACCGGGGAUAGGGUCGUUUUUUUUCUUCCCAUUUUAAUUAAAAUAUUUUGUAUAUAUUUAUAUUAUCAUGUUCCUCAGCAACAGUAGUUUCAUGAGAAGUUUUUAAAUAUUUUGUAGCAAUUGAAAUAAUUUAAAAUGAAAUCUUAUCAUGUUCCUCAGCAACAGUAGUUUCAUGAGAAGUUUUUAAAUAUUUUGUAGCAAUUGAAAUAAUUUAAAAUGAAAUCUUUUACUUUAACUUUUAUUGGUUGCCUACGCCUACUCCACACUGGCCCAUAAUUUAUUUUAUGGAUUACUGGUACACAAACUCAAAUAACAAACUAAACAAAAAUGUUUUCUAUUAUUUGCAUUCAAGAUACUCAGUACAUUACUUGGUAGAGAAAUAGAUUUUAAAAUUAACAAUAGUUUUGAAUUAUUCGCAGUCACGUGACAAGGCUGACCGACAAGAUAUCUCUCGCCACUUUGUUACGGCGGUCAUGUGACUUGGUCGCCAGACACAUAGUGCGGGAGAUAGACGUCCGGCGCGCCGGACGUGUAGACACUGCCUUCUAUUUAUUUGUGGGAAAGGGGAAUAAUUUGUAAAUCCCUGAGCUUAAACAGACUUUUUUAAUGUUUUGAGUUCAUUAGCUAAUCCCUAGCAGUACAAGAACUUGAAACUGUUCAAUGUGGCUUCAGAGUCUUUAUGCACUUAUUCUCUUAUUUCAGUCAAAAGUCUCAAACAACUUAGAAUUUUGAAAAAGCAAAAAAAUCUUUACUUCUUUUAAAUAGUUUACCCACUGAACAGAGGUAUAUGGAUCUUUUGGAACAGACUGCUAGUUUUAAUACCCGCUUGUCAAUAGAACGAAAGAUGAGACUGCCAUUCCUUGAUUCACAAACGGGCGUGGCUCAGAGGCACACCAACCUCUUUCACCCUUAUAGGCAUCGGCAAAAAGGUAUAUCAAUUUAACACAACCUUUAAAAAAUAAAUAACAUGCUUUUUGAGACCUCUGUGCUGCAUGACAAGUUGUUCCCCUCUAUGCUGUAUUGUUGAAAAAAAUUGUUCUUAAAAGAGAUUUGACCGAAACCCAUUAACAAAUUUAUACUAAAAAAAAGACAUGAACAUAAAAUUUUACAUGUAGUUUUGUUAUUUGUAUGUAGAUUUGUUUUAUGUAGUAUUGGGCGCCAUGAACACAAGAUUGGUUAUAUCUGGUAAUGGGAGUUUAACAUAUUUGGACAUUUUUUAUCAUUUUGAGUUAUUUUUAUUAAUUUAUUCUAAAAUCUUGCAGGCAGUGUAGAAGGGCAGCUGUUUACCUAUCCAGCAAAAAGAUGGAAGAAAAAGAAAAGAUCUUUUUUUCUCUCAGAACGGAGAAGUGGUGUAAAUGGGGAAAUUGAAACAGGAGAUGCUGGUAAACAAUGUUAAGGCGUUUAUAAUUAAGUAUUCUUAGAUGCAGACCAACUGUAGAGUCAUUGGAAAAAUUUUCACAAUUAAAAAAAAGUUAUUAUUGUCUUUAUUUCAAUAUUUCAUAUCGAAAGUCGUAUUUUGUAAGAGCAUUUCGACAUCAUAUGUAUUGACAUAGACUUAAUUAUUUAAAAGUUGUGUUAUGUCUAACAUAAAUAAAUCCUUAGAAUGUUGAUGUUUUUAAAAAAACAAAACAUUUUUAGAAUUUAAAAAGUAGAAAAGGAUGAAGGCUUCUGGCCGAAAUGUUCAUUUGAUUGUCCUGAGUUUUCCAUUCAAGCUUUCCAUAUCUGGAAAUUCAUACAAAAUCAAUUUGUAAGGAGGAUUGUUGUUCUUACAAAUGUUAUUUCGAAAAACCCUCCUUUGUACAAAUUGGUUUCAAACUAAUUUCCAGUAACCCAGGUUUUCAUAUACCCUGUUCUAUGAUUCCCCCCCUUUUUUUUUUAUAAAUCCUAUGCUUUAUUCAAAAUUUAUUUUAUGACAAUGUCUUCUAAUGUUAGCAUGUUUGGAAAGAAAAACUUACAAAGAAGGAUACAAUGCCUUUUGUGUUUUUACAGAGUAACAUAUAAAUUCUGAUGUAAAUUAUUUGUAUAUACAUUUUUUAAUAUUAUAAUGUGCAUGUAAACAUUCUGGACCUUACUUUGAUCACCAGACAUGCAUCAGAUUAGUGCUAUUGAGAACCCAGCUCAUCGACUCGAUGAACAUGAUUUUGACCACUUAGAGGCAGCUGAGGGAUGGUAUGAUGAUGUGGAUGAUUUUGGUGAACCCCCUGAUGAUGGUGCUAUGGUAGAUGAUCAGUCAGAUAUAAGUGACUUUGAAGAUUCAUUAAAAGGAAGAAAGCGGAAAAAGGUAAGGCUGCUACUUUAACUUCAAAUUGAUAUUUAUCCUAUUAAAAUAAUGAUUGAACUAGGAAAUUUAAAAAAAAAUGUCAUAACUUGUUACUAAUUUAAAAAAAAAAACUUCUUAUCAAAGGCACAUACAUACUUGUUAAAAGACAAGUAAAAUGUUCUGCUCAAGUUAAAUUAAUAUGCAAUAAUAUUCUUUUCUUUUAAAUUCUCUAAUUUUCAUUUCAACAAGUAUUUAAAAGUAAUAUUUACGAUUAAAAGAAAUGCAUAUUUUAAACUAUAAAUUAUUGACAGUGGGCCUAAUGGUAUGGCAAUAAAAAACAAGAAUUUUAACUUUUUAUGGAGACUGCAUUAUUCAAACAAAAAUUAAUUCAUCAAUGAAAAUUUUUUGUUGUUCCUUAAAUUUAACUUUACACUUAUAAUUACAAAUCUUAUUCUGAGUUUUAAAAUUUGCUUACAGUACAGUAACUUACAUUGCAAGAAUAAGAAUAUUUUGCUACAAUCGCCAGUACAAAAAUUUUAAGCGGUUUAAAAUCUAGUUUCUGCAAGCCAUAGUGAGUUUUCAAACACAAUAAAACAGCAUUAAAAUCUCUACUUUUUGAAAUGAUAAAAACGUAUAAAAAAGGAAUUGUGAAAAAACAUUUUUUUUAAUAUGAUGGGGUACACAACUUUUGUAUUAACCAUUUUAUUGACAGUUGCUUAAGAACUAGCUUUGGUUAUUUUUCAGAAUCCAAGUAAAGGAAAAAAGAAGAAAAAUGAUGACCACAGCAAGGACUUGCUGAGUCCUGAGGAUAAGGAGAAACCAUAUGCUUGUGAAGGUAUUAAAUAUGCAAUAAUGCUAUCAUUUACUGAGCUCAUUAUGUCUUGUAAGUAAUGAAUGUAGUUCAGUGGUUAGCUUUUUCACACUCUAGAUUUGUAAAGCUUAUUGACACAUUAUUCAGUCCGAAUGUUAUAGAAUCAUGUUGCAAAUUUUAGCCUAAAUAAGCAUCCUCAUAUAUAGAUCUGUAUAGACACAACAUCUAUUUUAAUAUAUUAUGAAUGUUUACUUUAAUAUAAUAUUUGGACUUGAAAAAAAAACACAUUUGCUUUUAGCUAAGCUAUAUGACCAUCCCAAUUUUCCUUUAAAAAAAGUUUAAAAAAACAAAAACAAUUUUUGUGUGUAUAACAGCAUUCUAUUUGGACCACUUGGGUUUAGAUUUGACCAUAAACCAUCUUCUCAUUAAGCAUAAUUGUCUAAUGACUGUAAACUGUAAUGUGCUCUUGAUAACUUUUUUAAACUAAAAAUAAUCUUUGAGUCUAGACAUUAAAUUUAUAGCUUAGUUAUUCUUUUAAAAUUUCUUUCGUUUGAUCAGUAGUGAAGACAAUUUAUGCAUUUUGGUGUUCUUGGUUAUUAGAGAUUUAGAGGGUCUGGAGCACAUUUGAUUUCUUGCCAUUGUUCUGACUAAUUUCUUUGGUUAUUUGUGCUCUUCACCCUCAUUGUGUGCACAGUUGUUAGUGCUUAAACAGGAUGCCAACCACCAUUGAAAUAAACAAAAUGAGUGCUCUAUAUCUUUGUAUGUCCUUUAUGUGACUAAAUAAUAUGUCAUAAUGUCAGGAUUAGCUUACUGACAUGUUUUUUUUACAUCUUAUUUUUUCGGGUGUAAUCAUUUUAGGGUAAUUUUCAUUGUGAAUGGUUUACUCAUAUAUACUUUAAAUCCUCAGUUGGAAGAAGGAAAGGUAUGAUGGAUUGGUCAGGCUUUUUUUUUUUUUGUUUUCACAGGUUUUCAUUUUGCCUAGUCUGGAAUAUUUCUCACUUCUUUUUAAUUUUAUUUAAAAUUAGCUUUUUUUCCCCCUUAUUUUAUUUUCUGUGUGGAUUGCAAUAGCUAAAAAUCGCCACAUUGUUUUUUGUUAUCAUUUUAGGGUAAUUUUCAUUGUGAAUGGUUUACUCAUAUAUACUUUAAAUCCUCAGUUGGAAGAAGGAAAGGUAUGAUGGAUUGGUCAGGCUUUUUUUUUUGUUUUCACAGGUUUUCAUUUUGCCUAGUCUGGAAUAUUUCUCACUUCUUUUUAAUCUUAUAUAAAAUUAGCUUUUUUUCCCCCUUAUUUUAUUUUCUGUGUGGAUUGCAAGAGCUAAAAAUCGCCACAUUGUUUUUUGUACUCCUGAGUAAUUUAUUAUUGUUUAUUAUUUGUUUCAAAUUAAAAUUUUUUUUUUUUGGUCAAUGGAUAUCACUUUCCAAGCUACACAACUCACCCAUUACUGAAUGAUGUGAUGCUAUAUUGUUUGCAGCUUGUGGGGCCCGCUACAAAACGCGGCCUGGGCUGGCAUACCACUACUCUCACUUCCACAACGGCAUGAUGGAUGAGGAGAGUAGAACGCCGUCGCCAAAACCGCCGAGCCGUGCAAACUCAGGUUCGGUACUGAUAACACAACCACCGUGUUGUCAUGCCCUGCCUUGCACAUUCUCCCUUUGUGCUUAUUUGUGUUUCAUAGCUUAGCAUUUUCUUUGCUUUGCUUGCUGCAUGCUGUUGGCUUUCUGUUUUAUGUUCUUUAAAGACAUUAUAUUAUUGCCCAUUGCAAUAUCUGCUUUUAGUGGUUGACUUGGUUUUGCAUGUUAUACCAUUGAGCAUUAAAUAACUGGAAAUUCAUUUACUUCCAAUUACUCAUUUGGUUUUUGCUUUCCCAUUUAAUUUGUCAUCCCUUAUCUUUCAUUUUUUUUUACUCUUUUGUAAAUCAUAAAAUGUCAAAAAUGCCAAUGGGCUAUUGCCAUUAAAAAGUAUUUGUGAUUAAAAUGAAAUAAAAAAUAUAAAAAAUUUAACAUAAACAUGUAUAAUUUUGAUCUUCAUUAAUUUUACUGUAGUCUGUGAUGAGAUAUUUAGGCCUAGUAGUAUUAAGUAUUAUUUUCAUGAUGAAAAUCAGAUUAGAUCUGGGGUCAAUGUUCUUUUAUCUUUUGUUGAGCUCAGGUUGCCCAAAUACAUGUUAAGUUUAAGUGUCUGAUUUUUUUAAAGGUUAAAGGUAUUUUGAAAUAAUUGAAAGUAUUUUACCCUAUAUUGUCACUUUGGUUAUGAUUAUACAUUUUUACAAACAGUUGUUUGUAAAAGAAAAUAAAUGCAAACAUUUUUUUUUUUAAUAAGUCUGCCUUUUCUGACUUAUUUGAAGAACAUAAGAAUUAAAUUUAUAUUGUUCUGUGGAAUAAAAAAAAAAAAUCCAAAUUGAUUUAAAAGCAGUUUGUUAAAAGCUUUAACAUGAUAUGCUUUUACUUCAAUUCUCACACUCUUACAACACUAAUGAAAUUGCUAUGGGGACAGUACUUUUUAAAUCCUUGUGGCUUUUAAUGGUGGAUAACAGAUUCCUUUAAAUGUGAUAGAAUUAUUAAUCUACAAACUUUACAGAAUACCCAUUUAUUUCUUCACUACCAAAACUAAUGCCUCCUUCCUUAAGUCAUAAGCAUUUUAAUUUCUUCUAGACACAUCUUGAUAAUUUUCAAAUGCAUUCUGUGCAAGAAUAUUUUAAUUAAAAAUGAAUUUGUAAAAAGUAUGUGGAAAUGGCAUGUGCAUUAAGUUUGGUUUUGAACAUGGUCAUGGUGUUUGCAAUCCUUAAUGGUGGCUUGUAUUCUUGCACUGAACUUUCAUUUUCCUUUUUCAUUUUUCACCUUUUUUUAAUUUCUCAAUAUACAAUUAAAAUAUGUUUAGGGAGAAGAGAAUGUUAUUGGUGCCACUACUUCCAUUUUUCAAGUUUUACAUAAAAAUAUAAGAACAUUAUUAAGAAAAAAAUAAAGAGGAAAUUCGUUACAUUUGUAGCUUUUCACUGAUUAAUUGCCAACACAUUAAAAUUUCUGAACAAAUUUGGUCAUAAAAUUUAAAAAAACAUUUUUUUUUCUUGUUCACAGUUUAAGUUAAGAUAUAUUUUUGAGAUCAUCAUUUACCUAGUUUCAUUCCAUUAAAAGUAUCUUUAUGCUUUGUUUUAAUGUUUUUGAAUUGAGAGUCUCCAAAAACUUAGGUUUUUUUUUAUAAAGAAUCUAACUGCAAUUUUGAGUAAAGGUUAAAAGCAUUUCACUUUUCUUUAUGGCUUUUUUUUGUUUGUUUCUUUCCAACUUUUAACAGAAUACAUACCAAAAGCCACUAAACGAACCAGGAGCGAUACAUCAUCUACCAACGGCGGGAAAGGUAAUUUAUAAUUCAUCCCUUAAGAGCUUAAGAUUGUUCAGCUGACUAAAGAAUUAAAACAUAUGUAGUAACCCUAAUUUCACAUCAGAUACUUUUAUUUUGAGAAAUACUUUGCUAAAGUGGGACCUCUGAAAGCACCAAUGUGUGGCUGUUUAAAAAAAAAUGUAUUUUGAAAUUCAUAUGUCGUCUCAUAAUUAUACAUUUCCAUAUGCCUAUCUGGCUAUUAGCUGAAAAUUUUGUUAUUCCCGCUAAUUCUGUCAAUGAAAUGUAGCCUGAAAUGUAGCCUUAAAAUGUAGCCUUAAAAUGUAGCCUUAAAUAUAGCCAUUCUAAAAAAAUUAUUUGAGGUUGAGAAAGGAUAAAGUCAAUUGUGUGACAGUUUAUAUUUAUGAACAUGGUUUAUUUUAAAGAUGAUGCAUUUUCUGAAACAAAAUUGAUGCUCAUCUAACAGCCAGUAAAUCGUCAUCCAACGGAGCCAAGGUAUCUGCCAACAAUUACUGUGAUUUUUGUCUGGGAGAUGCAGCUGAGAAUAAGAAAACUAAAGUUGCUGAGGAGCUGGUUUCCUGCAGUGACUGUGGCCGUUCCGGUGAGCUGGACUCUUUGAUUAAACAGAUACAAAAAUCAGCAACGAUAAUGCUGUAGACUGUUUAUUUAAAUCAAAGAAGUAAAUGUGCAAUGUUUUACUUGCUAUGUUGUUUCAUGCAGUAUAACUUUUCAGCUCCAUAAUUUUGUUAGCAAUUCAGACCUGUUUACUCUUACGAUUUUGGCGUACAAUGUACGAUUUUGAGGUGUAUACAUUAUAUAUAAUGUUUGUUUAUUUUUUACUGUUAAGAUAAUGUAUUGAACGAUUUUGUGAUGAUAUUGUACGAUUUUAAGAGUUUGAGGGUAAACAGGUCUUGAAAUUAAACACAAGCUAAGUAAGUAUAAUAAUUUAUUGUUUCCAAUAGAAAAGAUAACAACCCCUAAAGUAUUUCUUUGUUUAUUACAGGCGGCCAACCAACUGUUCCGUUCCUUACAUGCUUAAAAGACUAAAAGAUAUUUAAUGAAUUUUUUAUUCAUAGGUCACCCUUCCUGCCUUCAGUUUACAGACAACAUGAUCAUCUCAGUAAAAAAAUAUCCCUGGCAGUGCAUUGAAUGCAAGUCUUGUGGGCUUUGUGGGACGUCCGAUAACGACGUAAGUCAAAAGGAUGCAUUUCAAGUCUCUCAUCAUUUGUGCUGUAAUUAAGUAAUAACAAGUUUGUAAACUUAUGAAUUGUAUAUUUGUCAGUAUACACAAGGCUAUUAUUCUUCCCUGCUAUUUUGGUCAGAAAUUUGGCAGUUUAGUUUUGUUAACUAAUGUUUUUAGAUGAUCCUUAAAAAUAUCACAAAGAUAUAAGAAGGUGACCUGAAGCCUGGGUGCAUGCAUAGCUCAACUGUGCACUAAUUCAGCCAUCUCUGUAAGCCAGCCCUUCCCAUUGAAGUUGCUCAUCUCUCAUCCUGUUAUCAACAGGACCAGCUUCUGUUCUGUGACGACUGUGACAGGGGCUACCACAUGUAUUGUCUCAAUCCUCCACUCUCUGAGCCACCCGAAGGUCAGUCAUGGUUUACAUUGUGACAUAAAACAAAAAAAUAAAAAAAACCUGAAACUGGGGCAUUAACUGGGACAACCUUACAAAUAUUUUCCAAGUGUUAAAAUAUUGAACCCAGCCUGUCAAAUGACUAUAUGAUGUCAGCCUGAGCCUGUGGGUGGGGUUAACUUAGUGUCUAAUGAGUGUUGGAAUCAAAAGUGUCCCAUUCAAACCAGUUCUUUGAUGCUGUCUUAAUGAUUCAUGCUACCUUCAUAGAAUCACUCCUAGCUGAAAUAGGAUUCCUAUAUGUAAUCGCUCCUACCUGAAAUAGGACCACUAUACAUAAUCGCUCCUACCUGAAAUAAUACCACUACCGGGUAUAUAUAAUCGCCCUACCUGAAAUAAUACCACUGUAUAUAAUCCCUCCUCUUUGAUUUAACUUUCAGGAAGCUGGAGCUGUCAUUUAUGUAUUGAAGAAUUUCAUGGAGGGAAAAAACCUGCCGGCAUGAACUGAAUGCUAUCAUCUACUCAAACACAUCUCAUCUGAACAUAACUCUUUUAAGAAUUACCCACGAUUUCAUUGUUAAUGUUAUAUUGUAAAUUUGUACUGCAAUGUUAUCUUUAUGAUUUACACAUUUCUGUUUAUAGAUUAACAUUUUUUGGGGCCAUUAUAUGAUGCAGAAAGACUUUUUUUAAAUGAGCCUAGUUAUUUUAAAUAAUUGUGUGAUUGAAAAGCAUCCAUCCGAAAGAAAAAUGUUUGUAAAAAAACGUUGUCUUAAAAUCUCUUCUUCUCUCAAAGUAACUUCACGGUUGUUUAUUUUUUUAUCUGUUAGCUAUGGUUGUAAAGAAUUGGACAAUAAUCAUCAGUUGCGAGUUUGUUUAUUGGUUUGUGUAGAGGAGGCUCGGUCAUCACAUAGAUGAGGUUGUGUAAAACUACAGCAGACCUGUUUACUCUUACGAUUUUGGCGUACAAUGUACGAUUUUGAGGCGUAUACACUAUAUAUACUGUAUGUUUAUUUUUUACUAUUAAGAUAAUGUACUGAACGAUUGUGUGAUGAUUUUGUACGAUUUUAAGAGUUUCGAGGUAAACAGGUCUGCUACAGUGUGCCCGAAAGUAACAGUACUGGAACCCCUGCACCUUGAACAUGGUCAUACUAAUCCAGGUAUUGGUCAGGAUGAUGUGUUGGACAGUUGUUAUUUUUGGCAAUGGUCUCUCAAAAGAGGGCAAAAAUAUUCACUGUCCACCAUUAUUUUGGCCGUGUUGCAUGGCGCCCACUUAUUAAACCUCUCUCAGAAUUGUUGUGCCACCAUUUUCAAACUCUGUCCGCCCCCCCCAUGACCAGUUAUGUAAGACUGUAGACAAACUCAUCUGCUCGUUCAAGAUGCGAGAGUUUCAAUGCCUGCCACACAACUGUCCGCUGUGGCUUUAUCCCUGUACUGUCAUGUGUUAGGACAUUUUGCAAAAACUGUAGUUAUUUUAUUCAAUGUUUUUUUUGACAUUUUUUCUGAAAAUUGACUAUGGUUGUGUCAAAGAAAAUGUUAGUCAUAAUCAAACCAUUAAAAAAAAGUGGGCAGGCUGCGCUGGACAGAACACUUUAAGAGGAUGCAGGACUGUAGAGCAGCAAAUGUGAACUACAGACAGGAACCCAGGGGCAGAUGGCUGACGGGUUGUCCAAAACUGAGAUGGAUUGACGAUGUAGAGAAGGUCUUUCACCAGUCCACGCAUGGAGUUGGAAAGCCAUGGAUCCGAAUGGAAGGAUGUGGUGGGGCGGGCCGGGGCCUUACACGGGCUGUAACACCAUUGAUGAUGAUGAUUAUGAAAAGAAAUUGUAUUUAGUUCUGGACAGUGUCUUAGAAGCUAGGUCAAAUAUUUAUUAACUGGGUUAAAAAAACAAGAUGCACGAUACCGGUAUACAAACAAGUUUGCUUAAAGUUUGUGUAAACACUUGCAUCAAAUGUUGGACUAAGAUAUUAAAAUGCUAUUUAAGUUAUCUCUAUAUUGGCGUUGUGCUCUUUUCCCCAAACCCAAAAGGCUUUCUUUCUUCCUGAAAUAAGUUCACAUUUCAGCCAUUGAAGCACUAUCAUCACAUUUCAGCCAUUGAAGCACUAUCAUCACAUUUCAGCCAUUGAAGCACUAUCAUCACAUUUCAGCCAUUGAAGCACUAUCAUCACAUUUCAGCCAUUGAAGCACUAUCAUCACAUUUCAGCCAUUGAAGCACUAUCAUCACAUUUCAGCCAUUGAAGCACUAUCAUCACAUUUCAGCCAUUGAAGCACUAUCAUCACAUUUCAGCCAUUGAAGCACUAUCAUCACAUUUCAGCCAUUGAAGCACUAUCAUCACAUUUCAGCCAUUGAAGCACUAUCAUCACAUUUCAGCCAUUGAAGCACUAUCAAACAUUUCAGCCAUUGAAGCACUAUCAUCACAUUUCAGCCAUUGAAGCACUAUCGUCACAUUUCAGCCAUUGAAGCACUAUCAUCACAUUUCAGCCAUUGAAGCACUAUCAUCACAUUUCAGCCAUUGAAGCACUAUCAUCACAUUUCAGCCAUUGAAGCACUAUCAUCACAUUUCAGCCAUUGAAGCACUAUCAUCACAUUUCAGCCAUUGAAGUACUAUCAUCACAUUUCAGCCAUUGAAGCACUAUCAUCACAUUUCAGCCAUUGAAGCACUAUCAUCACAUUUCAGCCAUUGAAGCACUAUCAUCACAUUUCAGCCAUUGAAGCACUAUCAAAAAUCUUUUAGAACCAACAAAAAUGUCCACACAAACAUUUCAUUUGAAAGUAUGUUAGUCCAAAAAUUUGGUGUGCCAGUUGGUCUGUGGGCUAUUUUUACCAGGAGACUGUCACUGGGAGGCUUUUUACCAUGGUGACUGUCACCUUUAUUAUUGUUACUUUGAUGACUGUCAGUGUGGUGAUUGUUUAACCUAGUUGCUGUUCACUGGCCAUGUCCUGGUUUUUAUUGACUAAAAGCUCUCAACAACUUAAAUUCUGAUAGUGUGGAGUUUAACCAUAGCUGACCAAAUGAGAAAAUGCCAUUUGCUUGUACUGUAUCAAUCGGAUUAGAUUUUAAGGAUACCAUGAGUGUAUAUCCUUAAUCUUUUUACAAUUAAAUAAUGAUGCUAUUAUUACUAUGAGUAGUAUGAGUAUGAUUGACAAGAUUAAUAAAUUUUAUUUCUCUUGUAUUUUUCCAUAAAAAAACAAAUUCUUCUCAUUCUCACUGACAAUCUCAGUGGAAUGACUUUUGCUAAAAUUCCAAGAACUACACUCAUUUAAACUCUUAUCCUUGCAGGGAAAAUGUUCACAAUUUUAAUGUUUUUACCCUGAGUGUUAAUGUGAUACCGUUAUAGAUAGACUAAUACUAAUAACACACCUGAUGAACACCGGUAACAAGUGUUGUCUAUAGACUUUGUCUUGGUUCUUAGAAAAUUAGUUCAUGCUACCAGUACUACCUGAAAUAUUAAUUAAUUAGUGGGUUGCCUGUGUAAAUUACGGGAAGAGGUGCAAAAUCUAUAUUAAUAAAUCCAGAUGGUGCUCCAUAUAUUCACUGUUUAUUCUAUCCUUUAGGUGUCAUCAUCCUAGUUCUCUUUUUAAAUUGCCCUUUGAUCAGAUAUUGGCUGAGAAAUACUUCAGGUGGGGUUGGAAUUAUUGGGAAAAUAAUUGGUACGGAAAACCCCAGUUAUCUUUUCAAAGGGACCUUCAUGGCACUGGCAUUUUUCCCGAUAUUCAUUCGGCUUUGUCCUCUGGAGGCUGACAAAAACAUACCGGUACGGUUAGGAGUGAAACAAAUUUAUUGUUU